GGCCCCGGGCGGCAGCACCGGCCGCCUCCUCGCGCGCUUCCCCGGCCCGCAGCCCGCGGCCCCGGGGCCGGCACCUUUCGGCUCCCGCUCCCCGCGCGCAAGAUGGCUGACCCGGCUGCGGGGCCGCCGCCGAGCGAGGGCGAGGAGAGCACCGUGCGCUUCGCCCGCAAAGGCGCCCUCCGACAGAAGAACGUGCACGAGGUGAAGAACCACAAAUUCACUGCCCGCUUCUUCAAGCAGCCCACAUUCUGCAGCCACUGCACCGACUUCAUCUGGGGCUUCGGAAAGCAAGGAUUCCAGUGCCAAGUCUGCUGUUUUGUUGUGCACAAGCGGUGCCAUGAAUUUGUCACCUUCUCCUGCCCAGGCGCCGACAAAGGCCCAGCCUCCGAUGACCCCCGGAGCAAACACAAGUUUAAGAUCCACACGUACUCCAGCCCCACGUUUUGUGACCACUGUGGGUCACUGCUGUAUGGACUCAUCCACCAGGGGAUGAAGUGUGACACCUGCAUGAUGAACGUGCACAAGCGCUGCGUGAUGAACGUCCCCAGCCUGUGCGGCACAGACCACACGGAGCGCCGCGGCCGCAUCUACAUCCAGGCCCACAUCGAGAGGGAAGUCCUCAUUGUAGUCGUAAGAGAUGCUAAAAACCUUGUACCUAUGGACCCCAAUGGCUUGUCAGACCCUUACGUGAAACUAAAACUGAUUCCUGACCCCAAGAGCGAGAGCAAGCAGAAGACCAAAACCAUCAAGUGCUCCCUCAACCCUGAGUGGAAUGAGACAUUCAGAUUCCAACUGAAAGAAUCGGACAAAGACAGAAGACUGUCUGUAGAGAUUUGGGAUUGGGAUCUGACCAGCAGGAAUGACUUCAUGGGAUCUUUGUCGUUUGGGAUUUCCGAACUGCAGAAAGCUGGUGUUGAUGGCUGGUUUAAGCUGCUGAGCCAGGAGGAAGGCGAAUACUUCAAUGUGCCUGUGCCGCCGGAAGGAAGCGAAGGCAAUGAAGAGCUGCGGCAGAAAUUCGAGAGGGCCAAGAUCAGUCAGGGGACCAAGGCUCCAGAAGAAAAGACGACCAACACCAUAUCCAAACUUGACAACAACGGGAACAGAGACCGAAUGAAACUGACCGAUUUUAACUUCCUGAUGGUGCUCGGGAAAGGAAGCUUUGGAAAGGUCAUGCUCUCUGAGCGAAAAGGCACGGACGAGCUCUAUGCCGUGAAGAUCCUGAAGAAGGACGUCGUGAUCCAGGAUGACGAUGUGGAGUGCACGAUGGUGGAGAAGCGGGUGCUGGCCCUGCCUGGGAAGCCGCCAUUCCUGACCCAACUGCAUUCCUGCUUCCAGACCAUGGACCGCCUGUACUUUGUGAUGGAGUAUGUGAACGGGGGCGACCUCAUGUACCACAUCCAACAAGUCGGCCGGUUUAAGGAGCCUCAUGCUGUAUUUUACGCUGCAGAAAUUGCCAUCGGUCUGUUCUUCUUACAGAGCAAGGGCAUCAUUUACCGUGACCUCAAACUUGACAAUGUGAUGCUGGAUUCAGAGGGCCACAUCAAGAUUGCUGAUUUUGGCAUGUGCAAAGAAAACAUCUGGGAUGGGGUGACCACCAAGACAUUCUGUGGCACUCCAGACUACAUCGCCCCUGAGAUCAUUGCCUACCAGCCCUAUGGGAAGUCUGUGGAUUGGUGGGCCUUCGGAGUCCUGCUGUACGAAAUGUUGGCUGGGCAGGCACCCUUUGAAGGGGAGGAUGAGGAUGAGCUCUUCCAGUCCAUCAUGGAACACAAUGUGGCUUACCCCAAGUCCAUGUCCAAGGAAGCUGUGGCCAUCUGCAAAGGGCUGAUGACCAAACACCCGGGCAAACGUCUGGGUUGCGGACCCGAAGGUGAACGUGACAUCAAGGAGCAUGCGUUUUUCCGGUAUAUUGAUUGGGAGAAACUUGAACGCAAAGAGAUUCAGCCCCCGUAUAAGCCAAAAGCCUGUGGGCGAAAUGCUGAAAACUUCGACCGGUUUUUCACCCGCCAUCCACCAGUCCUAACACCUCCCGACCAGGAAGUCAUCAGGAAUAUUGACCAGUCAGAAUUCGAAGGAUUUUCCUUUGUUAACUCUGAAUUUUUAAAACCUGAAGUCAAGAGCUAAGUAGAUGUGUAGACCUCCGUCCUUCAUUUCUGUCAUUCGAGCUCAACGGCUGUUGUGGUGACACCUCUUCUUUCCAUUGCCACGUCGCAUCCAUGUUUUAUUUGCUGAUGAGACUAGAGUGACCAUGUUUCAGAAACCAAAUGUCCUCAGGUAGUUUGGAACAUCUCUGUGAGAUGGGAUGAUGUGGACGGCACUUCGAAAAUGCUGCUGCGUAACGAGCACAUCAGCAGCCAUCCUCUUGCCGUUGACUUUCCCCAGCAUGGCCGCUCCACGGAUCCCGUGGGGAUAGAACAAUGCCUGCUUUCUCUCUUUCUUCCAACGCUCCCGUUCACAUGUUUCCCAACUCCAGGCAUCCAGUCUAGAUUGUUCCUACCAAAUGAGUGGAUCACCGGAUGCUAGCAGCAUUCUCUCCCUUCUGGACCCGGGGCUUGGUGUGCAUCCAAGUGUACGGUUGCUUUGACGUAGAGGGAAUUCCUCCAUUCUGCCUGGUUUGGAGGCACCAUGAGCUGUGCGGUGCACAGGCUAAAAAUAAAAUCGCAUUUGUGAUUUUUUAGACUCAAAGUUAAGGAUAUGAUCUCAGCCUUUUUAAAACGCCAAGAGGGUGCCUUGAGACAGUCUCAAUCUAAAAGGACCUCAAGGGGUCAGUCAAAAGGCAACCGGCUUGGGCGCCACCUCCAUGCUAUAAUUUCUGAUACUCUCUGUCCCUGAUCACCUUCAUCCUCAAACUCCUUGCAAAGGGCAUUUGGCAUCACCCCCUGAAAAUACAUGGUCACUCUAGCCAGGUCCCAGAGGACCAUGGUUUUACAUUACAUUUCAAAUUUUAUUUGCUUUGGGGUUUUAUUUCUGUUGUUGUUCAAGUGCAAAAAGAAAAAAAAAAACUCACUUUGUUACACAUGCUUCGAAAUCUGUGUCCAACUGUUAUUAACCACAAUGACCCACUUUGAUUUGUCAAGAAGGCGGCCCUGGAGCCUAGCAGACCCAUGCCCGCGCGGAUGGGAUUUGUCUAGGUUUGUUGCUGGCUUUGGAAAGCUAAUUAAGCGCUCUGAGAAAGACGCCAUUUCUUGAAACGUAGACGGUUGUAUUCUUCACUUUGAUGUUGUUUUGCAAGAUGUUUGUGGAAAUGUCCAUUUGUAUCUGGAUAUCUGUUAUGUGCCAUUUUUUUUCUAGCAUCGAGAUACAAUAAAAGAGAAAGAAAGAAAAGAAAAGAAGAAAUGCUAUUUCAAGAAAAAACAACUGUCUUUGAAAAAUGUGGACCCAAACUGCCAAGCGGGCCUCCUGAGCCUUCAGGACAGAAAGGAACUAAACCCAGAGCUUAACCUCAGCCCCGGGUUCCGCCGGUCUGAGAGUCUGGGGACCCUGUUCAGGGACUCCUGGCAGCCUGUAAUGGGAUGGGAUGAGCUGGCCGGGGCUUCCAACGAUACUGGAGGUCAAGGCCAGAGUCAAGUUUAGGGGCCAGCUAGGAGCAUGGCUGGGGCUCUUGAUUUUCUUAUCAAAAUCACCACUCCUCCCAGCUUGGACUAAAUAUUCUUUCUUGCAAGCAGCUUUGUGAGCCCCCAGAAGCCAAGGAAACCCCUUGGAUGGGAGAAAUCCCGUUUCUGCCCAAGCGAGUGAGGACAGCAGGUGGUACCCCCUCCUUGCCUACUGCCUCCUUCUAUUCCCAGGCAGCCCUACAGAGAAUUCUUAUCACAAGUUGAGUGAUUUGCAGGAUGCCAGAGCUUCCAAGAGGCCAUCAGGAGAACUUUACAAACUUGACAAAUGUUCUUGAAGAAACACUUCUCAUCUUUAAGAAACCCAUGAUUGGGAUUUCCAUACAGGCAGAGGCCCCUGGCUCACUCCUGUCUGCCUUCCACUUCUCCAUCAUGGUAGCAAUAUAGACCCCAUGUGGGGCAAACCCCAAGUCCCAGCUGACAAGCUCAGGAAGUUAGAGAAGGAGGGAAAUCGGGGCAGAAGUCUCCUCCCCCCAUUUUCUUGUUGGGGACACUGGCAUCUGGAGAGAGGAAGUGACUUGCCCAAGGUCAGCCAGCUGGGGCACAGACCCAGGUUCCCUGACUCAGUGCAGGACUCUUUCUGCUUUAUAGCUGGCGUCUCUGAGCCAUGCCCGCCAACAGGCAGGUUAUUUGAGGUCCUUUGUCUGACCAUUGGGUCACCAGGUCUUUCCUUGGACCUGCUCUCUCAGGAAGAUAAAAACCAUGGAGAAGCAUUGGGCCAUUGACAGAUUAUUUGAGACAACGUUAGAGAACACUGAGAGAUAGGUAGGUAGAUAGCCAGCUAGACCUAGAUGGAUAGAUAGAUGGAUGGAUAGAUGGAUAGAUAGGAAGAAUAUAUUGUAUAUACACACCGCACAUUUGCCAAAUUUCUGUUGUCAUUUUUUUCAAAAGUUGAAUCAUUUGCAGAAAGAGGUACUCAAGCCAAAGUCUCUGUUCCCCCAACACACCUUGCUGAGGGUUGGCCUGCGAAGGCUUCUGUGCAAAUGAGGGAUCCUUGGUCAGAAUUCCCCACAAUUUCCUUUUCCAUCAUCAUUUCAAGUCCAAAGGAGACCUAUGAGUAUCUCCAGGCCAUACUUUGCAAGUUUAUCCAGGAAGAAGGAUUUUCCACUCCUCUGCACAGUCAUCCCCAUAUUCCAUUCCCCAUUCAUUCAUCCAGGAAGCAUUCAUUGAGCACCGACUGUGUGCCAGGCUCUCUGUUGGGUUCCAGGAGCACAGUGGGGAACCCCAAAGAUGCAAUUCAGGGCAGCAGCUGUUAAGUAAUUAAAAGCAUGAUGUGAUGUAGAGAUAAGCAGUCUCUGAGUUAGUCAGGGGAGGAUGCUUACAAGAAAGAAAAAGUCAUCAGAAGUCUUCAGGGCACCUCUUUCUCUCUGUAGACCACAGUUUGAGGCUGAAGGAGGAAAUGCAGCAGUGCCCCCUUGGCCGAGAUUUCUGGAACAAUCCUUGAAUGUGAUGGGUGGGGAAGGACAGGAGUUAGAUGGCAGCUGGGGUGGGUUUCCUUCUGGAAGGCCAAAGGCACAGUCUCCAUGCUCAAACAGACCAUAGAAUCACCAAGAUUUGAGCAGAGAUGGGUACUCAUAUGGAGAGAGGGAAUUGGUUUUACAGCUCAGUUCUGAGUGCUGAACCUUGCUUCCUAGAGUUUUCUCAUCCAGAUUCCUGCAGGCAUUACCCUCUCCAUCCCUCAGGGGGAUCCUGUCCUGCUAGCACACUGCUCCCAGCUUGACACCACCUGGUUCUUCUAGAUGAGACAAGCUAAGAUUUUCCAAAAGAACUCAAAUUAAGGAAGAAUUAUUAAAAAGAAAUUAAGAAAAUCCAAAGAAACCUAAACACAGCCCAUGUUAGCCAUGGCUAAUUGUCUGCCAGGAUCCAAGAAUCCCUCUUGCCAUUUCUUAGACUUCUCACUAACCUGCUCCUCUAUUAAGAAAGGGUAGGGCCAUGGUCCUGAUGACCUUGGGGAAUCAAUAGGAGGCCAGCAGAAUUAAUAACCCUUUUUGGUUGAGUGAUACUCUGCUCAUGUGGCUUCAGAUGCUAUCCACCCAAAAAAGAAUGGUCCCAAAAGAGAGGCCUAUCCUCUCCCACCUUCUAGAGGUAUAAUUCAGGGUAUUUCCUAAGGGGAUCUGCCCACAGGACGAAAUCCGUAAUGGCAGAUUCUGUUUGGACCUGGCUGUUUGAAGCACGAGACCUAACCGGCACAACAGAUGGGGAAGAGCUCUGAAAGCUGGGGCUGGUGGUAAGAACCUCCAGGGAUGCCCAGAGGCAGGGAAGACCAGAUGGGGUUGAUGUUCCCAGGAGAGAUCUGAAAGGAGGCAACAGCCUUCCUUCUAGCCCCAAAUCUACCUGGGCCCACAUACAGCCCCGCAGCUCUCAGACCUUGAAGGGGCCUGACAGUUCAGUCCACACUGGGGCUCAAAGUGAACAGAGGCCAAUGUGAGGGACCCAGAGAAUCAACAGGAACAAUUUCAUUGCUUUGCUGUAGAAUGGGGCCUCUGACUCAAGGACAAGGGUAUGUUGGGAAAAAAGCAAGAGGAAAAGAGGCUCAUCCUUAGUCAAUCUCCAUUCAUUGAUUGAUUCAUUCAACAAAUAGUUGUGGACAGCCUGCUGUGUGCCAAGCGUUAUUCUUGGCCCUGGAAAUACGAUAGUGAAGAAACAGGUACGGACCCUCCCCGCCUGGAGAGAGACAAUAAAUAAGACAAUGUCUGAUAGUAUGUAAGUGCCAUGGAGACAAUUAAAAGGAUGCUAAGGUAUGACUUGUAGGGUCCAGGGAGGGAUGCACAGGCAAUAGUAAAGGAAGGGGUGAUGUUUGAGCUUUUCUCUGACCCAAGGAGAUAACGCAGUCCGUGCCUGGGACAGCACAGGACAGGCUGACAGCAGGCAGGACAAGAUAAAGCGGAAUGGACAGGGCAUGGCAGGAGAUGGCCCACCAUCUAGAAAAGAGCUCCAUCAGCAUCUUGAGCCCGCUGAAGUCUGGCAACACUUACUGAAGUGUGUUCCUUAUCUGCCCCCCCCACCCCACCUCACUCCCACACCCCAGCACAUACAACGCAACUAAGUAGCAACUCCAUAGGGACAUUUUACCUAUCUCAAGGGACAGCCUGAAAGAAGGAAUUCUUGUGGGAGGUAUUUGGCAAAGGAGAGUGAGCCCAGCAAUGAGAAACCCUAACCAGUCAUCACCCGUUAGGAGCAAAACCUAAGGCAUGAAUGACAAUUGAUGGGACUCCAGCAAAUCAGUCAAUACUCCCUGAGCCUCCCCCUCUUUACAAUCUGACCCAGCUCUGGCUUCAGUGAGGCAGACCCAGGUGUUCUCCUUGGCGAUCCUGUAAUAAACCAGCCAUCAGGCUGUCCCCCCGGCUCCUUCUCCAGUCAGAGGGACUGAGGUGAGCCCUAAUUAAGAGCGAUGUGGUCAUGUAAAGAUCACUACCCCCCUGUGCAACCUUGGGCAAGUCACUGUAUCUUCCUGCACCCGUUUUCUCCUAUGUCAAACCAUGGGGGAGUGAGGACUCCAGCUGCUCCUGCCCCCAGGUGGGUGGUGAGGUUGGGAAGGAACGAGAGCCUGCGGGACCCUGAGCAGGUGAGAACAUCAUACAGACGUGAGGUGUGUUUAUUCGCCCACACUGUGCCGUUCCCUGGAAAAGGUUGCCCCAAACUGUAGUUAGUAACCUGGGAUGAAUGCCC